AUGGGAACAGAGAGGAAGAGGAAGGUGAGCUUGUUCGACGUGGUUGACGAGGCAGCGGUCUCGGCAAAGAAGUCCAACGGUGCCUUGGCCGACACGGCGGUAUCGACAAUAAACAAAUGGAAUGGAAGGCCCUAUUCGCAGAGAUAUUACGAGAUUCUGGAGAAGAGGAAGACCCUCCCAGUGUGGCACCAGAAAGAGGAGUUCUUGCAGGCUCUCAAGGAAAAUCAAGCUCUAAUUCUAGUUGGUGAAACUGGUAGUGGUAAAACCACUCAGAUUCCUCAGUUUGUUCUUGACGCAAUAGAGAUAGAGACCCCAGACAAGCGUAGGAAGUUCAUGGUUGGAUGCACCCAGCCUAGGAGGGUGGCUGCAAUGUCUGUUUCGCGCCGAGUCGCCGAAGAAAUGGAUGUAACUAUUGGAGAGGAAGUAGGUUAUAGUAUUCGGUUUGAGGACUGCAGCAGUGCUAGAACAGUUCUAAAGUACUUAACCGAUGGUAUGCUUUUGAGAGAAGCCAUGACAGAUCCGCUCUUGGAGAGAUACAAAGUGAUAAUUCUUGAUGAAGCUCACGAGAGAACUUUGGCAACAGAUGUUUUGUUUGGGCUUCUGAAGGAAGUGUUGAAAAAUAGGCCAGACCUGAAACUAGUUGUGAUGAGUGCUACACUUGAGGCCGAAAAGUUUCAGGGUUACUUUAGUAGUGCACCACUCAUGAAAGUCCCUGGAAGGCUUCACCCGGUGGAGAUAUUUUACACCCAGGAUCCGGAAAGGGAUUACCUGGAAGCAGCCAUACGCACUGUUGUACAGAUUCACAUGUGUGAACCUCCUGGUGAUAUACUUGUCUUUCUUACUGGAGAAGAGGAGAUUGAAGAUGCAUGUCGCAAGAUAACGAAAGAAACAGGUAACAUGGGAGACCAGGUGGGUCCUGUUAAAGUAGUUCCUCUGUACUCCACACUUCCUCCAGCUAUGCAGCAGAAGAUUUUUGAAUCUGCUCCACCACCUGCAGUGGAGGGUGGUCCUGCCGGAAGGAAGAUAGUUGUAUCAACAAAUAUUGCGGAAACAUCUUUAACCAUUGAUGGCAUAGUAUAUGUUAUUGAUCCAGGGUUCGCAAAGCAAAAGGUUUAUAACCCAAGAAUUCGUGUUGAGUCUCUUUUGGUAUCUCCUAUAUCAAAGGCAAGUGCUCACCAACGAUCAGGACGUGCUGGAAGAACACAACCAGGAAAAUGUUUCAGGCUAUACACUGAAAAGAGUUUUCAUAAUGAUCUCCAACCACAGACCUAUCCAGAGAUAUUGCGGUCCAAUCUUGCUAACACAGUCCUUACGUUGAAGAAACUGGGAAUAGAUGACCUGGUCCAUUUUGAUUUUAUGGAUCCACCUGCUCCAGAAACACUGAUGAGAGCUUUGGAGGUCUUGAAUUACCUUGGAGCUUUGGAUGAUGAUGGGAACAUGACCAAGUUGGGUGAAAUUAUGAGUGAACUUCCACUGGAUCCUCAGAUGGCAAAAAUGCUUGUUGUUAGCCCUGAAUUCAACUGUUCAAAUGAAAUCCUUUCUAUAUCUGCUAUGCUUUCAGUACCCAAUUGCUUUGUCCGGCCUAGGGAGGCCCAAAAAGCUGCAGAUGAAGCCAAAGCUCGGUUCGGUCACAUUGAUGGGGAUCAUCUUACACUCUUGAAUGUGUAUCAUGCGUACAAACAAAAUAAGGAGGAUCCACAAUGGUGUUACGAGAACUUUGUCAAUCAUAGAGCAUUGAAAUCUGCAGAUAAUGUUAGACAGCAGCUAGCUCGCAUUAUGGCCAGGUUCAACCUCAAGCUAUGCAGCACAGAUUUCAACAGCCGUGAUUACUACGUCAACAUUAGAAAGGCUAUGCUAGCUGGAUAUUUCAUGCAGGUUGCCCAUCUAGAGCGGACCGGGCACUAUCUUACUGUGAAAGACAAUCAAGUUGUUCACUUGCAUCCUUCAAAUUGCUUGGACCAUAAGCCAGAGUGGGUUAUCUACAAUGAAUACGUCUUAACAAGCAGAAAUUUCAUCCGUACAGUAACUGAUAUUCGUGGUGAAUGGUUGAUUGACAUAGCCCCUCAUUACUAUGAUUUGACAAACUUCCCCAACUGUGAAGCAAAGCGGCAACUUGAGAAGCUGUAUAAGAAACGGGAGAAUGUGAGGGAGAGCAAGAAUAAAAAGUGA